AGAGGUUUGUUAAAGAGGGUUAACGAUACGUACAGCUGCUCUUAAGGAUAAGGUGUUUCGAAGCGUUCUAUCAUAAUAUAUGAAUUACUAACUUUUACUGGAAAAAUAUUAAUAUUUUCCUCUGUCGCUCAACAUUGAAAUUCGACAGAUGGCUCUUCUGAAAUACAUAAAUUGGUUGGUUUUAAUUACUUAUUACCAACGUAGCGGUAACGACGCAGUUUAAUACUAGCGGCACUUGCCGCAGUGCAGGGCGUUAAGCUGGGCAGACGAAUCCCAGUCAGUGGAAUGGCGAGAACUUUUUAACUCAUUUUAAGUAGUCAUUUUUAUAUGACAGAUUUAAUAUUCCCGAAGCAUUUCCGAUUGUGCAUCCUCUUUCCUCUUUGGUUUAAUUUUAUUUUCGUCUGCGAUGACGAGCUUGAAAACCGAUUGCAAGAAUUUCGCUCCGAAUAUGUUUAGCAAAACGAAAUGCCAGCACUGUUUCAAAAUAAAAGAUGCUCAUUCUGCAGAAGCACUGGAAAACAGCAGGGCUACCAGGAAUGUUUCCAAAUGUGGGUACCUCUUCGUUGCUCCAGACUUUGAUUUCUCGGUCCCGCUAAACAGAACAAAGAGAUGGCAGAGACGUUGGUUUGUUCUGUAUGAUGAUGGAGAGUUGACUUAUUCUGUGGAUGAGCAUCCUGACACAAUACCACAAGCUCUUAUUGAUAUGAACAAUGUCCUGGAAGUCAGUGAUGCUGAAUCUGUCACAGAAAGUCCUUUUUCUCUUGCCAUAACAACAACAGAAAAAGCUCACUUCAUCAAAGGAACAAGUAGGGAGGAGGCAAACUGGUGGUUUGAUGUGCUUUCUCGUAUUGCAAGAAACACUGUGCGUGGAAAAAAUAGACGUUUUGCUACAAUUCCAGGAAGUAAACCAAUUGUAACAUCACCAACAUCUCAGAAUCUCCAGCCCAUUGUCUUUCACAACCAAGUUCCUGCUAAUGCACUUGUUCGUCCUCGCUUCAACAGCUUCACGUCAAAAACAUCGAGCUCGACUACAACUUACAGUCAGCCUGCUCAGGCUGUUACAGAGUGCACUAAGAAUGCAACCCAGUCACAAACACCUAAUCAGUAUCAGCCCUCACGCCCCCACAUUAAAAAUACAGUUUUGCCACAGACAAUAUCAUCUGAACAGAUUUUAUCAACACAGGUACCACCUACUGACCAUGUGACACAAAUAUCACACUUAAAUUGUUCUUCACCAUCAGAAAGAUGGAUUGUUCCCACCAAGUUAUCACAGUUAUCCCUCACAAACCUUGUACAAUGUCACACCUUAGGAUCCUUUCAAAACACUCAGUCAGCAAAACAGAACGUCUCUGUUCAGUCAUCAAGUUCACAACCUAUCUCGCAGAGUCCAUUACCAUUAAAAACGUGUACUUUAUAUCACUCUCAGAACAUAUCUGUAAAUGCACCACAAGAAGACGGGUUAAUGAGUGCCAAAAAUCUUAACAGUUUAGAAUUAAAGAGAGAUUUGCCCAAUAUCAGUUUACAUGGAGAGUUUGAGACUUGCAAAGGCCUACCAAAUGAAGAUCAGAAAGACAGAUCAGAUUGGGAUUUCAAAGCUAAAGAAAGAAGUCAAGCUGAGAUAGAAAACAAAAACAAAAUAGUAGCAGAAAAUACCAAUGUGAAAAAUUCUAGCCAACAGUAUCUUAAGCAAGAUAAACGAGGAGGGAGAAACCUGAGAAGAACUCGAUCAGAUGGUGUGGCGGAGAUAAUAAAAGCAGGAAGCAGGCUGCAGAAUAACAGAGCAGCAGUCUCUCCAGAAAAACACAAGUAUGGAAGAAAUGAUAGAAAGGAAGAAAAUAACUGUCAUAGUAAUCCUUUGUAUGUUCAUAUCUCCGAUGUACCAAAAAAAACCUUCGUGUCGUUAGAAAAUGUGCAACAGGAAAUUUUAUCAUCAUUACAUGGACAACAACAACUUUCAAAAGAGACAGAUCCUCAGCAGUUACCUAUAGAUCAAUCACUACUCCCUCGUCACUUCCUUAGCUUACAUAAGACUUCUUCAGGAACCAGCAUAUCAAGCACAGACAUGCAAACAACAGUAGAUAGCCCUCAGCAAGAAAGCACGUCUCACCAAAAAACUGACAAUAUCCAUUGUACUUGGCAGUCACAAUGUGUAAGGAGGCGCUCACGUUCUCAGAAUGCUAGAUCUGAUUAUUCUCAGGUUCGAGGAGAUCCAGAUGGCUGUGGUCUCGAUUCUUUCUCUGUUUUUCACCAUAGUUCUUGCACAGAAUUGAUGUCUGAGGGAACACCCCUCAAGAAGGGCUGGUUGAUGCGACAGGGUACAAAGGAUUGGCACAAACACUGGGUUGUGUUAACUGUUUGUUCCCUGACUUUCUAUCAAGAUCCAAGAGCAGAGAUAUCAAACAUUGUAGAUGGCAAGAUAGAUGUUCUUUCAGUCAAGUCUGUUGGUGAAACGAAGACUGAAAAUAGCUAUGGCUUUACUAUAGAAACUUUGGACAGUAAGAGGUAUACGUUUUCUGCAGUUACAGCAGGAGUGUGUAAUAAUUGGAUUCAAGCUCUUCAUCAUGCCACCAAAGUUUGUACCUUCUCGUCUCACUCGGGCAGGAUUGGAAGAACAAGGUCACAAGAACGCGUCCCCACUAUGAGACAAGAUUUGCAAUUAUCACUUAACAUGUCAUCAACCAGUGAUGAUCAAUCAGUGUUGGAGGAUCCUAUUCUGACUGAGCGCUUCCCUUCAUCAGUUCGUACUCUUCCUUCCUCACCACCUUUAAACCGCACGGUAAUCUCUAAGGUCAAAGAAAAAUCCAGGUCACGAUCUUCUUCUCGAUCAAGACUUUUUGAUAAAUAUGGAAAGUUACUAACUUCUGGUAGUGAUGACCAUAGCUCACCUGUGAGUGUAAAUGACUGUCACACUAAAAAGGUUAACAAAAUUUCUACCUCGAGAGAUUCUGAUUUUGAAUAUCCAUAUUGGAGAAAACUAAAUUCAGUCAAAGAUUACAAAAAUUCUGUUUCCAACCUGAAAAGAACCAAUGACUCUACUGAAAUAAAGGCUACUCAGGUACCAGUAUCACUAGUUGGAGAAGCUAAACAUAUGAACAUACAUUCUUCACCUCAAGGAUUACAGAAUGGCUAUAAUCUAAUUGAAAUCAACCCAGAUUCAUGUGGGCAAUUGAAACAUACUAUAAAUGUGGAUACAGGUCCUAUGAGCUUCGAAGAAAGGUCACAGAAAAAACAUUUGAAAGAUGAGUGGGAAAAUGGUAGAGUAAGUCAAAAUAUUUGCAUGUUAGAAAGGAAUGGAAAAGGUGUUGAAGAAGAAACAGGUAAAAAAUUUCCUAAAGGAAAACUUAUUGUUAUUGAAGACCUUCAGACAUCUCUUCAUUUGUGUCGAGAUAGAUUAUUUGAUCUGAAGCAGAGAUUGGAAAAUACACCAGAAGUUAAGGAAGAAGCACUCUUAAUUGGCAAAGAUAUAUUAAUGCUGUGUGGAGAAAUUGAGAAGAUUUUAGGACUGAGUGACCAGAAAUUAGGUAAUGAAAAUGAAAUUUCUAGGUUAAAAGAUGUAAUUACUGAACUCCAAGUCGUUUGUGAAGCAAAGAAUGUUGAAGUAGAAAAACUUACUAAUAAAAUUAUAACUUUAAAAUCCAGCUUAAAUGAUCAAGAACAAGGUUUUCAAAAAUUUCGUACAGAAGUUGACUUCUUACAGAAAGAUAAAAUGUCCUUAAAAGAUCGUGUGAAGCAGUUAGAAAUGGUCUUGAGAACUUCAGAUUCUGAUCAUUACCACAACGAUUGUUGUAAAGCUUUAUCUGAAGAGAAUACCCAGUUGAAACUUCUUUUAGAUAAUGCCAAUGAAACUAUUAAAAGUCGCCAGGAAAAGUUACAGAAAGAUUAUGAAAGUUAUGAUAACUUGGAAAUGAUUAACUCUCAGCUAGAACAAAGUAUCAAUGAAUUCCAGUCACAACAUUGUUCUCGAAUAGCCCUAAUGAUAACCAAAGUUAAUGAUUUGACACUGAAAUUGGCAGCUGCGGAAAAAAGCUUGGGUUAUGUGAAGGAGAAACUUGCACAAGCUGAACCGAGACAAGAAAAUCAAAGAAGCUCACUCCAAGAAUAUAAAGGAGUAACUAAAGAAUUUGAAACAAAACUCAAAGAUUUAGAGUCUAAAAUAAAUUACAUUGAAGCAUGCCUAAAUAAUAAAUUUGAGGAUGAUAUUCAUAUUAAAAAUAUUAUGACAAAAGAUUCUAACACAGCUGUUGAGAGUCAGGGUAAUCACCUACAAAACGUUCUUGUAAGACUUAACAGUUUGAACUCAAGAGUUAAGACUGCAUGUGAAAUAGUCGGUACUAACCAGGAAGUAGGAAGAAUAAGAGAAGUUUCUACAAAACCAGAGAUUUGGUUACGUAGAAGCUCUGAGGCAGAAGCUAGUCAGGAAGAUUGGAGCACCUUUUCAGUUGUUGACAGUUUACCCGAUUUAUUUUCAGCAUCUACAGAAGAUGGCAUGGACAGCACACCUAUGUCCCUUUCAUCUUGCACUGAAAUGUUGGUUCAAAAAGUCAAAAUGGUGGCAGCAUGGAUUAAGGAAACUCUUGUAAUUUUACACAAACAGCAUUACUUAAAUGAGGCAAGCUCUGAAACUUCAAAUUACUGUGUUGAUGAGAUAGGAUAUUUGGUAAAAGCCUGUCAGUGCCUACUUCCUGAAGACAGACAAUCAGACAAAAAUCCAGAAGCAAGUUUAGUGUACCUUCUCCUUGCCCUUCAAGAAAUAGCCAUAGCAGUUAUAAAAUUAAAUGAACUUGAAUCUUUGCAAAAACAAAUAGUCAUGAAAGAAGUGUGUAUGAUAAACAAGCUUGUUACUUUAGUUGAAAGCAAAAUAAACACUAGUUCAAUUGGCAAAGCUGAUAGCUACAAUGAUGUUGAUACUCCAUUUCUUUCUUCCUUUACCUCAUUAUUACCUACUUGUACGAUGUCCAUCUGUGACACUUUGAGUGCUCCAGAAGAUGAUUAUUUUCAAAACAAAGAUAUUGUUGAUGAUGACUUGAGAAAUAAACUCUGUGAGCUGCAAGAACAUUGGAUUAAAGUCAGAAAGUUAAUGGAUACUGUAAAACGUAAUAGUAUUGCAAUCCUAGUCAGACUUCUUCAGAAUGAUGAACUUCAAAGAUCAAAUCAAGAAAGCUUGCAAGGUGACUUAAUAAGUGAAAACAUUAUUUCAGAAGAACUGCUACUUGGUGAGAUCUAUCAAGUUAUUCUUUGUCAAAGUAAAAUGUCUCAAAAACAAGUUUUUUCAAAGUUCCAGGAACAUUGUGUAACAGCUUUGUAUUCCGAAUCAACAUCUCUUGAAAUAUGGAAUAUUGUUACUCAGAACCAGAUGGCUGAAGAAAUGGAGAAGCUCUUUGCUCAGAUAAAAAAUAGUUGUGUAAAAAAUGUUUCUUUUCAUGUUAAUCAAGAAAUUUCAGAAAGCAAACAUCUUAGUCAACAAUCUAUGUUGUGCCUAAUAGGAUUAACAGACAUGUGUAUCUUUAUUGGCCUACUCCAAGGUGCUACUAUCUACUGUGCAAAGAGAGUAGAUAACAUAACACUUAAGGAGGGUGCUGAAUCAGACUAUAAAAAAUGCAUUCAACUAGAGAAUAGCGCCUGGCCAGAAAGUCUAUACAGUCAUCUACAACAGCAAGCAGCCAAGAUGCUUACUGGUUCUUGUCCCCUUUCACCUCCUAGAGGAAAAGCCCAUUCCAGUUUCACUCACUUAGAUGAUCCUCUUCAGAUUAUUGAGAAGUUGUCCAAGUUCAGUGCACAUAAUUUUGCCAAGAUAAAUGAAAGGUACAUAGAGAAAAUAACUGAGAUGAAAUUGCGUUACCAAGAAGAAGUAAACAGGACACGGUCAGAACUCGAGGCCCUGAAACAAAAACAGUCACAGUGGUUACACGGGGGCUGCCCAUCUUGCGAGGUAUUAAGGAAAGGAGUAAACUGUCUGUGUUUUGAGGUUGAACGUUGUCGAGAGUUAACAAGCCAGGGCACAUUGUGUCAAACCUGCAAGAAGCUGUCCAGCGAACUAGAAGAAGCUAAACAAGCUCACAAGAAGGAAUUGGAAUCUCUUCAGGGUCAGCUGCUUACUGAGAAAGAAAAUUUGAGGGAACAAUUAACAGCCACUUUCAAUGAUCAGGUUAAAGCAUAUCAAGAAGAAGGUGAUAGAUUACAUAAAGAACUGCAGCUUGCUCAAAAACAUCUCGAGAUUUUAAAGCUUGAGAAUGAGGAACAGAUGAGAAUUUUGAUGAGAACCCAUCAACAGAAAGUGCAUGUGUUCAGUGAGCAGGCAGUGCGUCAACGAUAUCAAGAAGAUCUUGCCGAGUGGAAGAGUUUCUCUGAAAAAAGUCUGAAUGAUAUUGAAAAGUCGUACAAACGAUUGGUAGAAGAGUUAAGAAAUAGUCACAAACAAGAAGUAGAAAGGUUGAAAACUGAGAAAGAACAAGCCUUGGAAGAGGAAAUUCAAGCAACUAAAACAGCUUUAGCUGUUAUAAAAGAAACCUAUCAAAAAGAAUUACAGGAAGAAAUCAGUAGAUGUAAAAGGGAAAAUAUGAAACAACAUCCUGAUGACUUUGAAACACUGUACAAAGAGCACAGGGACAUGCUUGAUGAAAUCAGGAAGGAUAUGGUCUCAUUAACUGAGAAAUUUUCCAUAAAAUGUUUGGAAAAUGCAACUUUGAAAGAACACUUGGAAAUAGUUAAUCGUCAGAAAGAAGAGAGUUCUAAGCUACUGGAUUUCUUAUCAAGAGGCAAACAGUCACAAGCUCAUUCAAGUGUUGAGGUAGCUGAUAAUAGAGAACCUCUGAAGGAAAAAAAAGAUUCAGUCUCAGUCAAUACUUCAGAACACAUACCAUAUUUUAAAGCUCAGGAACUUGAAUAUCAGAAAGAAAAUUUAGAAUGUCAGAAAAUUUAUUCAACUCAGAUGCCAAUGGGCACAUUGAACAUUUUGUGUCAAUGUUAUGACCUACCAUUGACAGCUGAGAGUGGAUUACAGUUCCACAAAAGUUGCAGUCAGAAUUCCACUAUUCCCCUUCAUUUGUAUAUGAAGGAGACAUCAGUGGAAUCACAAACAGCUACUGACCACCAGCGAAACGAUUUCUCAAGAACAGAAGAUUAACAAGUGAAUGAUGCAUUGAACCAUUAUGAACAAAAGUGGAAAGAUGCUACCUAAACAAAGUAUCAGUUACUAGAAGAGGAGUGACUCAUUAUGCUAUUAGCAGCUUAUGGCAGUGAUUCCUUGCUUAUUAAAUCCAAAACUGUGUUGUUUGUAUGCUGCAUACUGUGCCUUGCAUAGCUUAUUUUUGCAGUUUUUAAAUCAUCGUUGUUGAUGUUAUUUGUUAAUUCUGUUCUUUUAAAUUUUCUAAUAUUUUUCAAAAGUUAAUUUCUCUCUCUCUAUUAGAUAUAUAUAUAUAUAUAUGUGUGUGUAGUGUAAAAAAUGUGUUAAGUAAUAGGCAUUAUGAAUGUAAUUUUUUUUAAUGAUUGGUUUACAAUAUGGUAGGUGUAAGGAGCCAGACAGUUUCUAAUAUUUGUACCAUGGAAGGUUGUUGGGGAAUGGUGACAAGUACAACAUAUUUGAAGACCCUACUUUUCAUAGUGAUCAAAAAGGGAACAAAAUAUUUUCACUUGUACCUGAGAUCCAGUUAUCCUGUCUGGCUCAGGCAUUACUAGUGAAAUUCUUUCCAUCUUCAAGGACCUUUUCCCACAAGCUCUAUAAUAUGUCAUGACUUUCUUUUACACUCUGAAGAAAUUUUGCCUAAAAAGUGUGCCCAAUGUUAGAAAAAAUUUACCUUUUAUUGUAGCUGAUAAUUGUCACAAUAACAUUUUAGAUUAAAUUUGCACAUUAAACACAUUCCAUAAUUCUAUAUUUAAUGUUUUCAUGAAAUUUGUUUUUUCUUUUCUAUACGUUUAAUAAAAUUAUAACAAUCAUCAUUAAUUAAUUAUUGUUUUAAUAACAAAAUACUUCAUAAUUGAACUGAAUAUUCAUUGUUAAACCGAAUAAAAUGUUAAGUUAAUAACACACACACAUAAUAUCUGUAAUGCAAAUCAAAAACGUUUACUUUGUUGGACAGUCAAUACAAAAGCAUUCGUGGACAGGUGCUACUUUUUCCUUUAUACACGUGAAUAGUACUUCACAUUUAGGAGAAAAAUUCACUUGGAGAUUUAAUACGUAUAAUGUCCAAAGCAUCUUUCAGGACAAAAACUCACUUCGUUACUGACUGCAUGAUUCAGAACAUGCCUAUAGUAGUGUAUAAAUAAUGCAAGCUCAACUUCCUUUGCAAUCUGUAUGACUACUCGGUUUUCCUACUAGCCUUAGCACUUGAACCAUCAAAUCGUUGACCAUGAAAAUUAAUAAUUCAUUUGGAGACAUACAGUAAUGUGUUUGCAUCAAUGGAUGGUACUUUCCUAAACUUGAUGAAGACUUCACUCACUUCAAGAUAGUUAUCGACUCAUCUGGUGCAUACAAUACAAUGUUAUGAAAGAUGAAUCAUGAAUGAUAUGGUAUACAGGAUUUUCAGUGACACGAUCAUUAGAACUUCAGUUUGAAUUUCAGGAGAGAUGAAUUUGUUUUCUCUCUCUCCCUCUCCUUUUUUUUCAUCCAUUUUAACAAUGAAGAACCAUCCUCAGUGUGCAAAAUGAUAAGCUAGUUAAAGUUACCAUGUCUCUUAUCACUUCAUAGAGGCAAGCUCAGUGUGGCUAAAAAACCUCACAUUCUGUAACACUUAUGCUCUGUGCCCCAUACUGGAUGAAGACAUUUUACCUUUGCUUAUCCAUUAAUGUAAGGUUAGCCUCCUCAUUUAAACGACUGUUCUGAUGGUUGCCAAAUCUUGUAACAGCUUCUUUCCUGUUGCCAAAGUCCAUUAGUUCAAUGAAUGUGUCGUUGCAGUAUUUUGAAAAUAUUAGCUUCUUUUGUUCCCCUGCAGAUCUACAUGAAACAUGUUAAGAUGUCACUGGUUUCAUUGUAAUCUGAGCACUGGUUUACAAUGCUGUUUAGCUGGAUUCUUUAUUUAGACAAACCAAAACUGGCUUAAACUUCAAUUGGUAAACUAAAACUGGCUUACAAUGCUGUUUAACUAGGUUCUGAUAAAAAAAAAUUCAGAAGUCCUGGCUGAUCUGUUUCUUAGCCUUCCAGUUUUAUGCUGUUGCUAUAUUACAACAAACGAAUGUUAUUUAAAAAAAAUUUUUGGUACCAAAAUAUGUUGCAAACAAUGUCAUAGUAAUUGUAGAAGCUCCUAUGGCCAUGUAUGUGUGAAGUAUAUAUUUUCAAAACAAGGGGAUUUGAUGAAGGACUAAAAACUAUGACAACAUCCUCCUGACUAGACUAGUUCUCUAAGUCUUAAAGUUUAUAUCCAACACCUUAAAUAAGUAAAGUUAGUGUAUAAUAGAAUAAGAAGAGGCUUUUAAUAAUGAGUGCAGUUGAAGAAGUAAAACAUUUUUUACUCUCUUAGAAAGUAAAUGUGAAUUUUGUAUCCUAAUUCAUUUAUCUAUUUCUUAAAGAGCAUCGCACAAGUGAUUUUAUAUCAAUCACAUAACAGUUCUAAAAACAUUCUGACAUUUAUAGGGACACAGUAGCUAAUCAUAUUUGUUUCCAUAAUCUGGAAAUGACCUGUCUUUUUCUAGAAAUUUAUAAACUUCAUACCUUCUUUUUCUUCCUUUAACUUUCUGUAAAUAUUGUUUUUUUAGAUAUUUUAUAUUAUGCUUUAGUGGUACAUCAUACUUGUGAUUUUCAAAGUAUGACAACGUCUAUAACAUAAUCACAUUAUUCAGGAUUAUAUAAGAAUGUGCUGAUAUAGGUCAAAGGGCCUAACCAUAACUUUACUUAAUGUGAGAUAUAGGUUGAAACAGAAUAUUGGAGCUGAAAAUUAAUUGUUACUUAUUAUUUUAAUAUUUGUCCAUAGCAAAAAGUUUGGAACAAAAUCAGGAUGUUUAACAGCACAUUUCUUGUGAUAUGAAAAAUUGUGGCAAAGGUAUUUUAACUCUGGUUUAACACUACAGAGCUUAAUCUUGGUUGAUGUAAUGUUUUGAUGUAGUCUGCAUCAUAUGUGAAAUUCUAAACAUGUAUCUUUAUAAUUAAUGUUAUAUUAAAUGGAAAGCUUACUUGUGUUCGUAUUUUUACAACUUGGAGUUCAUAUCUUAAAUGUGUUUAAAACAUUUUAAUUGUCUUGUCUGUAGCCUAAAAUUUAAAAAAAGGUGAUUUGGAAGUUUAAGGUCAUGCAGUAUAUUGUAAGCAUCUCCACAAAUCUGGCAUCUUUAACCUAUUGAAGCAGUAUUUUAAGCUAGUAAAAAUUAAUCUUUGAGAACAUUACUCUUAAUUAACAGAAGUAAUAUAUAUAAUUAAACAUCUGUAAUGUAGAAAGCAGAAUUUUAUGAGUGUUUGUAGCAUUGCUCAACAGAUGGUGCUAGUCAAAGAUCUGAGAUACUCAGGAAGCUAUCAGUUGAAGAUUUUAUAAUUUUCUAUACUUCAUUUUUGAAAGAACUUGAAGUUUUAAAUUUUCUCACAUUAAUGGUUCGAAAGUAAUAUGUCAAAUCUAAAUAUAUAUAUACAUACAUAUUUGACUAAACACUACAGAAAUUUAUCUUGGUUGAUGUAGUUUGCAUUUUUAUGUGAACUUCUCAACGUGCAUCAUUGUAUAUAUAUAUGUUUAUAUUGGAAAGCUUAUAUAUAUAUAUAUAAAUAGGAGAGAGAGAGAGAAAGGGGAGAUUUAAAAAAUAUACAACUGAUGUUUCGGUAAAUAUUAUGGACUCCAUCAAUUAAGUAGCUUAGGACUGAUUUUCCAUUAAUUUGUAAUUGUUACCAAAAUAUUUUUGGUGUAGUUGUGUGAAAUAAUUAACAGAUGGUCCUGGGCACAAUAAACAGAAGUUUGAAGUUUGUUUACUAGGCAGUAAGGCAGGUACUUAAAACUGUAGGCUAAGAUUAAUCUGUAGUUUUUUGUGAGUUUUAUAAUGUGCAUUUAUCUCGGCUUUCUGUAAACCUAUCCAGAAAAUUCUGUGUAUAUAUAUAUAUAUAUAUAUAAUGGUUAAGUAUUUCGUCUUACAUUUUAAUGUAAUUCAAUAAAUAUAUUAAGAGUAUGCAUGAAUACCAGUUGUAUUAUGUAAAGAAAGAAGAUAAUAAAUAUUGACUGAAAAAAAACAAAGUGCACCCAGUAAAAUGUACGAGUUGUGAACCUGGGUUACAUAUGUGAUUAAAUGAUUUCACAAGUGUAGGGUUUUUAAUUGAAGGUUUAAUUUUUAAAAAAUGCACCUAGUGAACUGAGAAUUCUUUUGGAACCUAAAAACGUAGGAAAAAAAUAAUCAGGAUUUUGUUGAUUUUUUUUUUUCUUUCUGUUAAAUGCUUUUAUUCCAGUAGAAUAUGGGCCAUAAGUAGCUAAGAAACUUUUGUUUCUUGAUUUUAAACUUAAUCUGUAUUUUGAGAUAGUUUCUCUGUUCAAAUAUGGUACUUAACAAAAAAUAUUCGACAUUACUCCUGUCUCUAUAUUGCACAGUGAGUUGGGGGUAAAAUGCUUAAAUAUUCCCUUCCUCUUAGAUUGUUUUACAAUACAUAAUAUUCUACAAAACUAAUGCAACACUCAAUGCGAGUGUUUUCUUUUUCUUUCUACUACUUAAGACAAAUAUGUACUUAUGCAACACUGCUGUGAGGUUGUGUUCUAUGUGUAGAUAUAUAUAAAAAAAAAAAGACCAAAUGUUCCCUUGUUAUCAGUAAGUUAUAUUAAUACUUUCAUUGUGUCGUGGAACUUUGGAUAUAUUAAGUAAAAUGCUUAAAAAAUCUAGAAUUUAACUAUGAAGAGUUUUGUUUCACACAGAAGGAAAAUGGUUUUUAGAUCUGAUUUUAUCUAUGUUUGCUUCCAGCAAGAUCAUAAUAAUAAAAUACAUUCUCCAGUGAAAUCUGGGACAUUUUCACAAUUAAUUUUACUUUACUAGAAAUUGGCAUUGAUACUAAAGUUAAUAACUUUCCUAGGAAAAAUAGCAGUAAUUAUAAGUUUAAUAAUAAUAAAAUCAGUCUUUUUUUCCCCCACAAUUUGUUAUUACCAAACAUUUUAUAUUCUAAGAAAAGCUAUGGCUAUUUAGACAAGUAAGUGAAUUUAAUACUUAAAAGUAGUUGAAUGUCUGUUGUAAUGUGCCACUGUACUACACUGUUUUUCGAGCAUUUUUGUUCCUAAACAAACUUGCCAGUGGUUGAAAACAAUUCAAGAGCUAAAACUAACGACCUG